UUGCGCGUGCGGUACUGUGACUGCGGCUUGGUUUUGGUGUCCGUUUGUGUUACAUGUUCGUGGAAUGAAAUUGCCCUGGCGCCAGUUUUUGGUGCUUAGUCAAAUACAAAAACAUAAAAAUAGGCCGGCUGUGUAAUUCAGUAUAUUCAUUGAUUUCACUACAACUUGUUUCAGGCAGAAACCAUGUUGAAACAAGAAAGCGCUAAUAUGGCAGACUUCGAGUAUUUAGUCAGCGAUGUUUACAGCAUGGACAGCGCAAACCUCGACGAACUAGGGCCGCUGGGCACAUUCAACAGCCAGGGCAACCUCGUAGUGUUGUCUCCUCCAGAUGUUGCCGAGGCUGAGACUCUGGACAUUGCCUAUGUCAUGCCCAGCAUCAAUGUGCCUAGCGUGGAGGACACAAUGCCGGUGUCUCCACGAGGGCCACCGGCGCGCACAUCCUUCCCUGGCGGACUCAACUUUUCCGUUGAGAUAAAUGCUGCGGACACGAACAGGAAGAAGUACUUGUACUCACACCAGCUGAACCGUAUCUACGUGGACAUCAAAACCAACUUCCCAGUCCAGUUCCGCUGGGACUUCGACCAAGCCGGCAGCCCCAUGUUUGUCCGGGCCACCACUGUGUUCUCCGAUGAAGCGCAGUCGGAGAAGAGAGUGGAGAGGUGCCUGCAGCACACACAUGAGAGCACCAAUGCUGGCAUAGACCCAACCAUAGUUCAGAACGUGCUCCAUUCCUCUGCCGCCCCGGGCACCCAGGGCGUGUUCUACUGCGGAGCUCCCUCGCUCCCCGAUUCCUGGUACUCAGUCCUACUCCGCUUCGAUGGAAGACCACAAGAGCCUUACUCCCACGCCUACCAGUUUGUGUGCAAGAAUUCCUGCUCUAGUGGGAUCAAUAGACGGUCUAUUGAUAUUAUCUUCACGCUUGAGGACCACACGGGACUAGUAUACGGGCGCCAGACCGUCGGGGCGCGCGUGUGCGCCUGCCCGCGCCGCGACAAGCACAAGGACGAGGCCGCCGAGCGCCCCGCGCACAAGCGGCGUCUGCACCCGCCUCCGCACACCCCGCACCCCGCGGGCAAGAAGGUCAAGACAGAACCUGACGAUGAUGUCCUGGUGCUGCCCCCGCUGCCCAUCGUGGGCCGCCGCACCAUGGUGACCGGUCUGGAAGUGAUGCUGAACAUGAUGGAGGCGGUUGCAGCCAAGACUCCGGAGCAUGAGGCAGACAAGUACCAGAGCUCCAUCCGGGCUCUCCGGGACAAGAUCCAGGAGCUCCGGCAGGCCGAGUAAGAUAUAGAAGACAACAGAGCAAUACUUCAUAAGACAGUCAUGAAUACUUUAUAUUGAGUAUGCUUAAAAAGUCGAAAAACGUUUUCUUAUUAAAAUUCAGUAUGCUUCUUUUUUUGGCGUUAGAAAAAGUGCAAAAAAUGUACACAUGCUAAUUGUCCUUACUGAAUAACGAUAUUUAAAAAAAAGUAAUAUUUGCUUUGAACUUCUCAAAUGUGUGUUAUGACAUAUUUUAUGUAGUUAAUAAAAAUAUAUGUAGUUAAUAAUAAUAUUUUAGCAUUAAAAGUGUAAAAAAAUGUACUAUGUCCUUACUGAAUAAUGCUAUUCAAAAAAUAGUUACUGACUUAUGCCAUGGACUUCUCAGAUGUUAUUCAUGACUUAUUUUUCGUAGUUUUGCUAGGAUCAUCGUGUACUUUAUUUCUUAUGCUAGAAAAACAAAGUAUAGCAAUUUAAGCCUGCUAUUUUUGAAUAUAGAUUAUUUUGUCCCUAUUUUAGACGUAACCUUUUAAAAGGUUUAAUGUUAAAUUACUUUAAAGCAAACAGUUGUAACACUUUUUGAUACUAGAGGUAAUUUUUGGUAUUUCUCAGGCAUUUGGUAGUAUAUUUUUCCCCUCACUAGCUCGGAAACACGUAUUUUGUCCUUUAAUACCAGCGGGUAAAAACGCAUUUUUUUCCACUAGUGGGUAAAUUAAUUUGAGCUUAAAUAA